AUGCAUGGCCUUGAUGAUGUCAUAUCGAUUUUGAGGGCACCGAGGCUCUACACAUUAGCAUUAGGCCAUGAAGAUGCUGUUAUGCAGUGUGCUGCAGCCAUCAUGACAGCUCUUGACGGAUCUCGGCUGCCACUUCUCCGUCGACUCCUGAUCUGUGGCAAUCCUACAAGCCUAGGCGCAUCGUGGAGGGCGGCGACAGAAGUACUUGAGCAGCGCGAUAUACUGACCUGGCGUUAUCUCGAUUCUGAUCAUGACGACGAUAUCACACCACUCCCGAUGGAUGUAUAUGAUGUCACUGAAGCCGUAGAGGGACGAAAUUGGGUUCCGCGUGAAAGUGACGACGAGCAAGGCAGCGUCCUAGGAGCACACGAGUUCGCGCACUCAUUGUCUCGCCGACAUUCAGGGCAAGUAUACUCCAUUGGGGAGCUUCAUCUAGGUGCGCGCGCUUCGGGUAGAGAUGGGUUCGUUGGAAAAAUACACAAAAUUAGAAAAGAAGGAACAUAUGGCGUCGUCUACCGCGCCAAGCACAAUGAGACCGGCGAGAUUGUAGCGCUCAAGAAGAUCAGGCUGAGCGAAGAAGAUGAAGGCGUCCCUUCUACUGCUAUCCGAGAGAUCUCGCUCCUCAAAGAGAUGAAAGAUCCCAAUAUCGUCAGGCUACUCGAUAUCGAUCAUCGCGACCUCAAGCUCUACCUCGUCUUCGAGUUCCUGGACAUGGAUCUGAAGAAGUACAUGGACACCAUUGGCGAUGGCGACGGUAUGGGACCCGAUAUCGUUCAGAACUUCUCCUAUCAGCUCCUGCGCGGUGUUCACUACCUCCAUGCUCACCGAAUCCUCCACCGCGAUCUCAAGCCUCAAAACCUGUUGAUAGACAAGGAAGGCAACCUCAAGCUUGCCGACUUUGGUCUUGCACGCGCUUUCGGCAUUCCCUUGCGUACGUACACACAUGAGAUUGUCACACUUUGGUACCGCUCGCCAGAAGUCUUGCUGGGCUCGCGUCACUAUUCGACCGGAGUCGACCAGUGGUCCGUUGGCUGCAUCAUGGCGGAAAUGAUCCAGCGUGGACCUCUCUUCCCAGGCGAUUCCGAAAUUGAUCUCAUCUUCCGAGUUGCGAGACUGCUAGGCACGCCCAAUGAGCAAGUAUGGCCCGGUGUAUCAACAUUGCCCGACUUCAAAUCUACCUUUCCUCAAUGGAAGCCAAAGGUGCUGCGCGAUCAGAUCACCAACUCGACAGCAGAGUCCGCAGAUCUCAUCCAGAAAAUGCUCAUGUACGAUCCGGCAAAGCGUAUUUCGGCAAAGGCAGCGCUCCAGCAUCCCUACUUCAGCGCCGAGGGAUCAUCUACUCAGAGUCAAAAGCUAUAG